UUUUCUUUGGCUGUUUGUUUUGCUUUCUUUUCCUCUUCUUCCAAGUUUUCGUUUCGUUGAGGAGCUAUCUUCGUUUCUCAGCUUAGCGAUCAUGUCGUUGAAGACGGUGACUUUGAAGAGUUCUGAUGGCGAAACUUUUGAUGUCGACAAAGCUGUCGCCCUUGAGUCUCAGACCAUUAAACACAUGAUCGAAGACGAUUGCGCGGACAAUGGGAUUCCUUUGCCCAAUGUCACCGGUAAGAUAUUGGCGAAGGUGAUCGAGUACUGUAAGAAGCACGUUGAGACUCCCAAUCCUAACGAUACGAAUGUUGACGAACAACUCAAGAGCUGGGAUGCGGAGUUCGUCAAGGUUGACCAGGCUACACUAUUCGAUCUAAUCCUGGCAGCCAACUAUUUGAAUAUCAAGAGCCUGCUAGAUCUGACAUGCCAGACUGUUGCGGAUAUGAUCAAGGGAAAAACUCCAGAAGAGAUCCGGAAGACGUUCAACAUCAAGAAUGACUUCACUCCUGAGGAAGAGGAGGAGGUUCGGAGGGAGAACCAAUGGGCCUUUGAAUGAGAUUGUUCAAAGGAUGCUGGAUAUGAAGUGGGUUUUGUUGACAUGGGGUUCUUGGUUGGGGAGGGCUUG